AUAAACGGAAGAGUGAGUAGUAGCCGGUGGCGUCUCUGUUUGGGAGAGUUAAUUGUUCCACACGCAAAUAUUUAUAAAUUUAAAUUAACUUUAAUUUAGUUUUGUGAGAAAGUUUAUACCAGUGGAUAAAAUGAAAAGUACUGGCUGCUGCUCUUGGCUAUUUUGCUGUGGAAGGUCCUCAGGAGAUGAAGAUGAAGAAACAACAACAACUGAAAAUGGAACUACGACAGUUGUUCGUAAAACCACAAGAAAUGGUGGUACAACUGUUACAACAACUACCACAACAUAUAUCAGUCAUCCUUCAUCGACAGGAGGAUUAUUAACUCCAGGAGAAUCUAUCGCAUUCAUACCACGCCAACCAUCAAAUCGAACUAUUAUAAACAUUCCUUCAAAAACAAAAGUGACUCCAGUUCCAAUUUCAAAACCAAAUUCAACUCCAUCAACUGGUAAUCAGUUUGCAUUGGAAUGUUUGAAUGAACACAAUCGCUUUAGAGCUCUUCAUGGUUGCCCACCUUUAAAGUUAAAUUCGAAUAUGAGUGCGAUAGCUAAAAAAUGGGCAAUUCAUUUGGCCAAAAUAAACACCAUGCGACACAGUAAAAAUGACAAAUAUGGUGAAAAUCUUUACAUGUGCAGUGGCUUCUCGAUCGAUGGCAGAAAAGCUGUCGAAAGUUGGUAUAAUGAAAUAAACCUUUAUAACUAUCGAAGACCCGGUUUUAGUAUGAAAACUGGACAUUUUACCCAAGUUAUAUGGAAAGAAACUAGAGAAUUGGGUGUUGGAGUAGAAAUAAGAGGAAAUUCUACAUGGGUUGUCGCAAAUUACGAUCCACCUGGAAAUGUUGCCACCUGUUACGAAGAAAAUGUUCCUAGACUUCUUAGAUGAAAAUAAGAAUUAGUUUUUAAUUUUAUUAUGAAUAAUUUUGCAUGAACUCUUAUCUGUUAUAGAUUCCUA